GCGUGUGCACGCGCGUUCUAUUAUCAGUAGCAGUGGGCACUAGGGGGGAGAAAUUGCAGAGGCGCGGUAGAUCACAGGGCCAAAAGGACGACCUACGCCCCAAUAUGCAAUUUCGGUCGAACAGAUAGAUUAGAAUUCAGAUUAAAGUAACUGAGGAAAUGACGGUAGACGACGAUAACUCUAUAUACGUUGGUGGGCUUCCUUACAAUGCUACCGAAGACACUGUUCGGAGAGUAUUCGGUCCCUACGGCGCCAUCGUCGCCGUUAAGAUUAUUAAUGACCAUGGAACAAGAGGAAAAUGCUAUGGAUUUGUUACUUUUAGAAAUCCAAGAUCAGUAAUUGAUGCAAUCAAUGACAUGAAUGGCAAGACAAUCGAUGGCCGUGUUGUAAGAGUAAAUGGAGUGAAUACUAGAGGGGGGAGAUCAAAUUUUGGUCGAGAUCGAUUUCGACAUAAUAUGGAGAGGGGCGUGGAGUGGGAUAGGGGCAGAGAUCGAGAAAGGGAUUAUGAUCGUGAUAGGGACAGGUAUAGGGAACGAAAUAGUGAUAGGUCCAGAGAGCGUGCCAGGUCUUGGGACCGUGAUGAAGAUGAGGAAAGGCGAUGUGAGCUUGCACACGAUCGUGGUCAGGCAAGGGAUGGUUUCUUGGAUCGAGAUCAUAGCCGAGAGAAAGAUCCUGUUGGUAAUGAACAAGAAGAAGGAAGGAACAGCAAUUGGAAUCGGGAAAGAGGCCGUGAUUUACAUUGGGAUCGAGACAAGGAGAUGGAUGGAACCAACGGUGAUCAUGAACUUGCUGACAAGGAUAAAGAUCCAGAAUUGGGGAAACAGAAUGAUUCUAGAUAUAAUGAUCAACGUAGUGGGGAAAUGUCUUCAGAUUCAAGUGAUGAAUACAAUGACGAGGCAAAAGAAAGAUUGGAGAGAUCAAUUCAGAGGCGUGAUGAACUUAAAAAGGAGAUUUCUGAGAUAGAAGAGAGGUUAGAAGACAAGCAGCAACUUGUUUCAAAUUUGCGUAAAAGAACUCAGAAACUGGAGGAUGCAUUGAUUGCUGCAAAGAAGCGCACUUCACACAAUAAGAUGCAAUUGACCAAGCUGCAUAAAUGUUUUCUGCAAGUUAAAGAAUACUCUGAAAGACUUAAGAGUUGUGAGCAGGAACUUCAGUCUCUUGUUGAUUCAGCAAUGGUAGAAGGUGAUGUGGCUGAUGACGUUGGAAUAAGGGAUGGAGUCCUAAUAAACGGCAAUGCUUGAUUUUGGUGCGGAAGUUUAGUGAAAAGAUUUUCUUCAUGGACGAAGAUAUGUACUAUGUAAUGUUUGACUGCACAGUAACUUUGAUGUAAUUUCGGUUUUUUUAACUAAGUAUAGCACAUUCCAAUUUGAGAUAUCUUACUAUCAAUCCUUACUGUCAUCUUUUCUGAUUCCAUCAUGAUCACAUCCUGUAGUUUUUGAUAAUUAAACUCUUAAAUGGUUUAUAUUUUAGUCAUGUUCAUU